UUGGCUACGCUAUCAACGUUCAUUACUCGCCACCAUCAUGUCGAGAUAGCAGACACGCAAGAUCACUCCAUCGCUCGAAACUCGCGACGCAAGCUACCCACGCGCCAACCUACCUUGACGCCGUAGGUACGGUGACUAGACCCAAAACAACCAUGGGCCAAAAACAGUCCUCCAUGCAGACGACAUUCUUCUGCCCCAACACGGGGCAAGAGCUGGCCGACCCGCUGGGCCUGUGCCCGCACUGCCAGGCGUGCCACGACAUCCUGUGGCAGACGGUCCUGGUGUGCCCCAACACGGGCUACCGCAUCGAUACCGCCGGCAGCGGCGGGGAUGGGGUGGUGGCCAAGCACCGCGAGUGCCCGUCGUGCUUCCAGCCGCACCAGCCGCACACCAAGCGCGUGUACGUGUGCCCCGUCACGGGCGCGCAGAUCGCCCACCCGCGCGAGACGGGCGGCAAGUGCACCCGCUGCGCGCGCAGCCACGAGGACAACUCGACGCCCGUCGGCAGCAGGGAGGCCGUGCUGGCGAAUGGGGGCAGGGAUUGAGGGUUGUUUGGUAGGUCCGGUCCGGUCCGGUCCGGCGGUUGAGGGGAGUCGGUGUAGGAGGGGCACCCGCGGGUUAGAUUUGUGGAGGGGAGGUGCGGAGGGUGCGGAAGAGAGGAGGAGUUCGCAUGAGGGAGGGAGGUAAAGGGGGAUCGCGUUGGGAUACAAGACUUUUGUGCUGGUUGGGAGAUAGAGAGGAGGGGUUCGGAUCGUGCUUCGGCUUGGAGUUCCCGAGAUACCCCAGAAGAGUAGGACUGAGGUCGGGAAGUUACCGCGGGUUUGGCCUUGGGGCGAGUGGCUUUUAUAUUGCGGUGGACACAUCUCAUCUCUCUUCUAUUUGGGCAAGGGUUUGCGAGCGUUUGAUACCACCUGGGAUCUAAUAGAUUAGCGGAGCAAGGACUGGUAAUGGGGACUUGAUUUUGAUUCCUUUGCUAUGUUGCAUGGGCACGCUUGGUCGAAGUGAAGGGGAACUGGCUGGGGAUCUCAAGCUGCGAUGGUGCAGAGCUACAUCAGGCUGGCGAACACACUCUUUGGCAACCUCUUCUUGUGAGCCCCCUUCCCCCCUUUCCCUCUUUUUCCUUAGCUCGAGGAUUCCUGCCACUUGGAUCUGAUCGAGCUGCCAAGCCACAACACUUGUUCAAGCCAUUGGACCUGGAGAUGCCGG